AUGAACGCAAGGUUCAGGGACAGAGGCACCACCAUCUGGACUGAUUCCAGUGUACGACGCCCGACGCGUUCAGGCUCGUCCAGUCAGCCAUCGGGCAAGUCUCGCACGGCGUGCUUUGACGAGUAUGGCUCAGGUUUCUCGAGUCAACAAGCGAAGAAAUCUCAGUCGACGUACUCCAAGAAGUCCACGACGAGGAAACGACCCCAUAUCCAGGACAGGGAGCAUGAUUUCGACAGUUCGUCCAGCGAUGACCCAUUGGAUUCACUCUCUGAAGCCUCGCCAUCCAAGUCGAAGGAGAAGAAGGGAUUUAUCGACGAUGAUGGUCAGAAACACGAAUAUCACCCACUGUUCAAGCCCAAAGACGAUGUUUUUAAAAACCUCAAGUUUAAAAAAACUGGAAGCGGCGCGUCUGGAUCCAAAAGCACUGCAGGCGAUGAUAAACCGCGUCAAUUUGACUCCAAAGGGAAGAAUGCCGACGCUGGACUGUCCCCCACAACACGGACCAAGGAGGAUGUUGACUUGUACGAUGAACCACCCAAGGGACCUCCCACUCGCUCUCGACCUGCACCUCGCCCUCGUCUUGUCGCCAAAACGACGACAGACAAACCAUCGCUUCCAUCCAGGAAGGCUGCACCUGUCAAGAGGGCUGGCAGUAACUCCAGGCUCGCGAAUAAGUACUGCGUCAUUUCUUCCGACGACGAGAAUGAAGUUCCAGAACAAACGCCAAAGCAAACGAAAACUCGUCCGCGCAAACAACCACAGGAUUUUCCCGUGUCACCCCCCACCUCUCAGCCAGUCUCUUCGGGCUCUUCAAGGCGUGAAAAGGCGAAGCCGGCGCCUUUCCCAAUGAUGACCGAUACUGCCAAACCCUCCCUUUCGCCAGGGAAGGGUAAGAAGAAGGCCGUGGUUCAGCCGUUCCCACUGGAGGUACCAAGUCGUCAAGACAAGACUUUCCUCGUUCCCAAGAAGGGAAAAGAACAAGAAAGUCUUUUCACUGACGAUGAAGAUGGUGGACCCUUACCCCAACCUUUCCCCUUGAGCACCCAGUUCUUGAACGGCACACCUUCUCCUACUCGUCGCAAACGGCAUUCCAGGAGCGGGGUCAGCGAUGAUGAUGACACCACCCCUAGGAAGAAAGUACGGGAUAGCAUUGGAAUGCUAAACUUGAGUGAUUUCGGGGAAGGAAACUCAAUGUUCCUCUCGUCCAGCGUGGAUCCCUCCACUUUAUGCCCUUACUGUGACUCUCCCCUUCCUCCCUCCCCAUCUCCCAUGCUGCUUAAGCUGUUGGAAACGGCCAAGAAGAAGUCAUACCCCGACGCUCGUCCUUCCAAUCCCCUCGGAAGGAAAGCACCCUUCACGCAAUACAUCGCAGUCUGCCAGCGCCAUCGAUUCGAGAUUCGAAUCCUUCCCGAGGCAGAGAAGAAACGCUGGCCCAAAUCAAUCGAUUGGAAGAAACUGGGCCCUCGCAUCCAGAAGAUGAAGCGGGAACUUCAGGAGAUAAUCGACGAUGACGGGGAUGUGAUUGAAGUCGUGGAUGAAGAUGGGAGUGACUCGGACAACCUGGGAUCAGGUCCGCGGUCUAAAAGUCAUUUCUGGCGCGAGGUUAUGAGUGUAGUGAAGGAGAAGGGUGUUCGAGCCGCGGCUGGCGUAAAGGACCAGUUCUUAAACUUCGAGAAGACCCAACCUGGAUACUACGGUGAAUUGGGCUCAGUCAUUAUACACCAGACCCUCUACGACAUGUUCCCGCCUUCUUCGUUCGAUCUCGACUCCAUUUCACCUCUGAGUCCGGAGGAAUUCACGCAGAAGAUUCUGGUUCCUGAAGUUGGCCUCCGAUUGAUUAUGGAGGACAGGAACCUGCACGGCCCUGCCGGCGAGAAGUCUGCGCUUCAGAUUCUCCGCGAAAGCUCAGCUUAUGGCGUUGCUAUGUUUCCGGCGGACGCAGGGGACGAAGGCGUGGAGACUUCGAGGGCGAAGAAACAACGGGACGGAGUUGAGGCCGGGGAGUUGAUUGUAAUGGAGCGUGCUCGAAAACGGAGACAGGAGAUCGAGGAGGAAGAGGAGAGAGAGAAGGCUGAAGAAGAGCGGAGGGAAAGGGAGAAGCGGGAAGCAGAGGCCGGUGUCCCUAGACCAAGACCGCGACCCAGGCCUUUGAAAGCGAGCUCAAGCGCAAUGAGCAUCACCACCGACCCAGAAGAGUACUCUUUCGUUCCUCGUGCUUCUCGGAAAAGGUCUUCCCGGUACGAUACAGAUGUUGGACGUUAUUCUCGUGACGAGACCGACACAUCAGGUGCCUCCGAGUCCUCAGAUGCAGAUGCUGAGCCUCCAGGGGAAGAGAGCCCUACCUCCCCCACCGUUAGCGAGAUCGACGUCACCACUCCCUCGGGCCUCCGUAAUCCUGCGGGUGCUAAACCCACACCAGUUAGACUCCCUGUUUCCGACUCGGCGGAAGAAUCGGAUUCACGGUCCAAGAAGAAGCGCCAACCGAAACGCGUGACGUCGAGGAGUAGCAAGCGGUACUCGGACGAGAGCGACAUGGAUGUCUCGAGCUGUGACGAGGAUUUCCAGGUCCUGGUUUCUACAGUAAAGACGCCCAAAGCCAAAGCAUCGAAGAUGGGACAGUCACGGGUAUCCCAGUCUCGCGAGAUGUCCAUCGAGCUGAUCGAGGAUAAGACACCUAAACCAAAGCGGCGUGUUACAAGCGUUGCUCCGGAUCCUGUGGCUUCUUCCACUGCUUACGACACCGACGUGAAGAUGCCGCCCCUGGAGCGUGCUCGGGCUCGCAGACUUCAACGGGAGGCUUCCUCAAGUUCGAAGAACACCGGCAAGGAGAAGGCCCCCGCUAGACGGUCUUCUGAUGAUUCAUGGGUUGUUGGGACCAUGGCCAACAACGGCUUCAGAACUUUGACAGACAGCAGCGACCCGGCUGAUGCUGAUUGGCUUCUGAGGGACGUUUCAUCCUCCCGGGAGAUUAGCCCUACACUAUCGGACUAG